ACAAUUAUAAACUUUCAAAACUUUCUAAUCGGACAUUCGGUCUCACGUGAUACGCCACUACGAAUUUGAUCGCUGCCGUCGUCAAACAGAGACGUAUAUAUUUCGCGUAUGCGAGGAAGAUAAAGCCCGACCGUAUGCCCAAAGAUGUAUUUGACAAGUUGCAUUGGACAUAAUUCUUUGUUGAUUAAUCUCUUUGUACACUUGUCAUUUUUCUAUCAUGCAUCAACAGGACAAAAUAAUAAUAUAAAUAAAAGUAGUAAGAAUAAUGUAAUAUCGCAAAAUAAUGGGCCAAAACUUUCUUCAAUAAGCGACAUGGAAUUACAACGAAUAACAGAAGAGUUAUUUCGAAGAAAUACUUGUUGCAUUUAUGAAAAUAUAACCGUGAGUUAUCAAGGAUGGAUAAAAGGAGAUAAUAUAACGGAUAAUGCUCCAAAACCAUUAUUGAGAGUUUCGUCAAACGUUUCCUCACACCCGACAAUAAAAAAAUUGAACAAUCUCUUUGACAAUUAUGAAUUAGAUAUCAGCAAAACAGAAGUUGUGACGAGAGAAGAAAGCGCGGAGGAGGAUGAGUUCAUUGAUGCUCUUGCAUCGUCGGACAUUAUAACAUCGGUUAUGAAUUUUCUUGCUACAAAAGGAUACUUUGCCAUGAAUCCGCAAACGUAUAAAACUGUACUAAAGUCUAUUUGGUUUCAUCCUUACUCACGAAUUAAAGGGUCGAUUGGUAGUUCAGGAUUUGAGCAUGUAUUUUUAGUAGAGAAAAAAAAGGAUAACAGUAUCGUCGGCCUACAUAAUUGGAUCUAUUUUGCUAAGCAAGAAUCAUUAAAUAAUCUUAAUUAUCUCGGUUAUGGGCGCAAAGUUCUUCUCGAUAAUAAAGCUGCACUCGCAAAAUUACAUUUCAAUUAUAAAGAGCAAUAUAAAGCGUCGACUAUGUUCAUUGGAACAUUACCAGAAUUAGAUAUGGCAGUUUAUACGCUAUGUUUUUAUGCCAGACCAAAUGCAAAGUGCAGAAUCUCCUUCGCAGGGCAUAAAUUUAAUAUCCAAACGUAUACGUGGCAACGAAAUAAUGAAAAUUUCGUUGGAGCAGCAUUUCCUCUCAUCUGAUGACAACGACAACGACGACGACGACGACGACGACGACGACGAUGACGAUAUAUAAGAAAAAUAUAUGUUCUCCGUUAUUAUUAUUGAUAAAGGUACUAUAGUCUUUUUUGCUUUUGCAUAAUGAUGUAUAUCUACGCACGCACGCAUGCAUACGUGCACGUAUCAAUUGUCAAAACAUCCCUUAAUUUACUAGUUGGGCAACAAAUCAGAUCAGGAGUGAAAAAUACUGUACUAUAAAAAAAUUAUGAAUUAGGAAUACUAUUACGAUUAAUCACGUGUAUGCAAGAGAGUAUUAUGUUAAAUCAAUAAUGUCUUCUUCAUGAUGUUUCAUUUUACUUGAUUUUUCUCUUUCAGUUUUUUCUUUAGAUGCCUUCGAGACCGCAUUUGUACUUGUAUCAGCAUGUUUACAUAUAUGUAAUAGAUUUUCAAUGCUAUUAUCAAAAAGCACAUCAUUUUCAUCAUUCGUUUCCUCAUGCAUUUUAGAGAAUCUAGUUUUCUUUAAGGGUAUAGAAGUAUCACUGUCCAAGUUCCUUAAUUUGGAAUAGUUUUUCGAACAUUCAUUAUCCAUUAUUUCUACGAUCGAAGAAGACGCAUCGUUCUUUUCUAUAUUACUCUUUGAUACAAUCUGUUUAAGGAAGAUAAAGAAAUUAUAACGAUAGAAAAAUAAGUAAUGAAAAUAAUAAAUUGUAAAUAACAUUCUUUUCUCUUGUUGACAUACAUGUUCUCUGUUAUGCUUUGUUGGAGAAGAAAUUGUAUGCGUCCUCUUCUUAACAACUGAUUUUUUUAACGUAGCACUAGUCAAACAUUCCUCUUGCGUAACUUCAUCUUUUCCUUUGACAUUUUUCAGUGUGCCCGUAACCACACGAUCGGAAUUUUCUGCAAUACCAAGAAUCUUUUCGAGUUCGUUGACUCUCGUUUGUAACGCCAAUUUUUCUUUUUUACAAUUUGUAAACUCUUUGAGUAAUCUGAAAAGAUUAAAGUUUUAAGCCGUU